UUCUAUGCGCCUAAAAGCAAGCGGGAAACCCGCGGGGAAGAGCGACGGCGCAUCGUUCUCCGCUACCGCGCCUCCUUCAUUUAUUUCAUUACCCAGAAGCUUCUACGUUCUCCAUCUCUCUCUCUCUCCUUCAAAUCGCCGAUUUCGUCACGUAAAACAUCUGCGGCGCAGAUCGCCUUCCUACUUCAAUUUCAGAGGCGAAGCUCCUUCUUAUUCCUCUGCUAGUGCUCUAUUUCGGCUUUCCUUCCUUGCUUUAAGAUCGUGAAUCUAUUGUGGUCUUAUCGUCUUUUUAUUUUAUUCCUAGGUUUAUCUUCAUCUGAAAGCUCAGUGGAGAGAAAGGUUCUUUGGGGAUGAAGUUUGGAGAGACUUUUACAGGGUUUCUUCACGGAGACCAAGAGUGGUUUUUGGACAAUUGCUCGCACGUAGAGUACAAGAGGCUGAAGAAGGUUUUGAAAGCCUGCAGGUCGUUGCGGGAUUCGAAUGGUAAUGAGCAGGAAGAGAGCAAUGACGGAAAUGAUAGUACCGGGUCAGAGCAAGUCUGCCAAUGCGAUAUCUGUCCAGCUUGUGAUCAGAAGUUCUUUGAUGAGCUAUCAAAGGAAGCUUCAGACAUUGCUGGAUGUUUUAGCUCAAGAGUUAGGCGACUUCUCCAUUUUCACUUUUCCAAUGGAUUGCAACGGUAUAUGCGGCGCCUUAGCCAUUGCUUUUCAGAUGAUCAGCAAACUUCUGUUCAAGAAGUGAGGAUGUUACUUGAUUAUGUUACUAUGAAUGCCGUUGCUAUAAGAAAAAUACUCAAGAAGUACGAUAAAGUUCAUGGCUCUGUUAAUGGUAGAAACUUCAAGAUGGUAAUGCGUGCUAAACGGAUAGAACUAUUGCAAUCACCUUGGCUAAUAGAACUGGGUGCAUUUUAUUUGAACUGCGCUGGUUCAGAUGCAGGUGAACCUGGUUCAUUUUUCCGAAAGUUCUCUUGUGAUCUAUCUGAUUCCCAACCUGUAAUGACGAUGGUUCUAUUGGAUUCCAUUACCUAUGAAUACAGUUUGAGUUGCCCCAUCUGCUUGGAUACCGUAUUUAAUCCUUAUGCUUUGGGUUGUGGACAUCUUUUUUGCAAAAGUUGUGUUUGUGCUGCAGCGUCAGUUCUAAUUUGUGAUGGUCCUAGAUCUGCAUCUCGCGAGGCCAAAUGUCCUGUAUGCAGGGAGGUCGGCGCCUACCGUGACCCAGUGCAUAUGUUAGAGCUGGAUCAUCUACUACGAAGCAGGUGCAAGGAGUACUGGAAAGAGAGGCUAAGAGAAGAACGCGCUGAGAUGGUAAAACAAGCCAAGCUGUACUGGGAGAGGCAGACCAUAACUGCGUUGGGAUAUUGAAUCUGCUUAUUUUUUUUAUCUCUAACUGCAUUAUUCAGAAUCUACAGGCAAUAAACCUUACUAGCAAUGAAAAGGAAUAUGCGUAUAUGGUAUAUAUAAUGAUUUGUUGCCACAGAACCUGAAGAAAUUAUGGCUUUUACUGAUUCAUAUUGUUUCAUUUUGUCAUCU